AUGGCUGAUCCCGACGCGCCCGCCCAGAAGAGGCCCCGUUUGGACUCUGUCAAUCCUCCGCUGUACAAUCAUAACGGCCACGGCUUCCCACACCCCCCUCCGCCGCCGCCGCACACCCAACACACUCGCCAGUCAUCCCAUCCCACUCCGGCCCACGCUGCUCCCUCUCCCAUCUCCCGCCACUAUCCUGCUCACGGCCUACCCCAUCCCUCCCACUCCUAUCCUCCCUCCGGCCAAGCACCCCAUCCAGGUCCGCAACCCUCUCCAUCCCUUCCGCGCUCUGAUAUACGCGCCUACUCAGAUCCACGCACUAUCCCCUCGCCCAGCCAACGCCCCCAUGGCCUCGUCGGUCCUCCUCCGGCGGUGAACAUUUCCCAGGACAACAUCUCCACCUACCGCCCGCCCCCCACGCCUCAGUCAGCUACUGUGCCAGAGCCCCAGAGCUCCAGAUCCAGUGCGAGUGCCGACGUCAAGCCCCAACCACCACCUAUGGAUCAUGGUGGCCACCAGAGUCCAUGGGGCAUGAACCCUGAGCAUCGUCCCAACGGCCACAUGUCGAACGGUUACAGCCAUUCCAUAAGCCCUACACAUCACAAUGUAGGCCAGCCUUUUCACCCACCACCUCUGCAAGCACCGCAGUAUGAUCAAGGCUCCUACGCGCAGAGCCCUUACAUGGGCCAGUAUGCAGGUGCAGCUGGUCAGCAAGUAAGGCGCAAACAGGUACGCGCCACGCAGGCGUGUAACCAUUGUCGAACGCGAAAGCAAAAGUGUGACGAAGCAAGACCGUGCCAGUUUUGCAGGGAAAACAACUUCGAUUGCCAGUACAAGGACGUGCCACCUCCAAAGCAAGACCGUAGCAUGAUGCAACUUCAGGACAGCGUAAACGACAUCGGCGAAGUGUUGAAGAACCUCGUAGGAGAGUUCACCUCGUGGCGACAGAGCGUCGAGACCAGGCUCCCUCUAGCUCGUGGUCCUGAGCACAUCUCCAGCGUAGCUUCGCCCGAAGCCGCUUUUGCAGCGCCCAACAGAGACCAGAACAGCUCUAGAUUUCCCACCCCGGCUCAAGGGAGGAACCAAAUGCGUCGCAUCAGCAGCAUGAAGAUGGAAUCUCCAAACGUGUCCCACUCACAGAUGUCUCCAGUAGCGGCACAAGCCAUGACUCCGGUCAAGCAAGAGUCCAUGUUUGCUCCGCCCCAGCAGCCAGCCACUCCGGCCGACAGCGUCAGGAGCGAACACAGCGGAGCAACAGGGCUGCCACCAAAGGAGAAGAGUGGACUGCAGAGUGACCAUACCACACCAGCACACAAGCUCUUCGAGGAGUGGCAAUCGAUGACGCCCUUCUGCCGGAACGUCGACUACAUCGAGAAGCUAAUUGACGGCGGCCACGAUGUGUCCGAGUAUCCGAUGCUACUUGAGCAGGAUCGAGGCUUGCUUCGUGUGUGGGGCGUCGGCGAGGGUCAAGACCUCAACGAUGGAGCUCAAGGCCCGGGAACCCCCGACAGCGGUGGCGACGUAGAUGCCUCCUCUCCUGCACCUGGCAAGGAGGGCCUCUGGGGUCAUCCGCCUGCCGACACCUCGAGUCCGGGAACAGCAUCCGGCGAGAUUCCCAGCAGCCACCCUCGACCAGAGAACAACGGUGGACUCGGACCAGACGGCAGACCUGACUUCCGUUCCAGCGUUUUGUGGGAGUUGUAUGACUCGUAUAUCGAGAACAUCCACAAACUGCAUCCAUUUAUGAAUGCCAGUAAGCUGAGAAGGAUGAUCAAAGAUUUUAGCGAGCAGUACAGUCCGGACAUGCACAGCAAGCACGCUGGGUCACCGGCCGCCAAUACGUUGGCUAAUCACCAGCUUAGCCAGAACCUCAAACGGAAGCGAUCUGGCAGUGCGUAUGGAGAGCCUUGCUCGGCCAAGGGCGCGAUUGAACGCUCCCUGCGCAACGCUCUCGUCCUUUUGGUUCUGGCGCUCGGCAAAGUAUGUGCUCAUCAUGAUCCAUUGCCCUCACCUCAGAGCGACAAGGCGUCGCACACAAAUGGCGGCUGGGGCGUACACGCGAACGGCAGCUUCAAUAGCGAGUCUUCGGACGACAACCGGCCACGCAAUGUCGACAUCCUGCCCGGUAUGGGCUACUUUGCCUACGCGACCGACAUCCUAGGAAACCAACAGGGAGGCAACACAGUGGCACACGCGCAGGCAAUGAUCUUGGCCGCACUCUACCUCAGUCAGUUUGCUCGAGUGCUGGAGAGCUGGAGCUGGAUCAACAAUGCUUGCCGCGUUGUCCUUGUCCUUAUCAAGGCAGACUACCAGAAACUCGAUCGAAACUGGUGCUUGGAGAACAAAGCAUCUUUGCCACCAAAGGAACGAUAUCGACUCAAUCUGGUCAUGUGUGUUUACUGGACCUGUCUCCAACUGGAGUCGGACAUCUUGGCCGAGAUGAGUACUCUUCCUCCCAGUAGAAUUUCCGACUUUCAGAGCGAAAUCGCAUACCCAGAUGGUGUGUACGAGUCAGUUCCCAUUGAAUCGGGAACCAGUGUUGAGGAGAAGAUGUUCGCCGAUCCGCAGACGCAGGAAGGAUCCAUGCUCAUGUACUCGAGUCAGAUCUGGCUCCGUGUCAUACUCAACGAGGCGCACAACAUGUUAUAUGGCAGGAAUGCUCGCCGCAGCUUUGACACUCACAACAUCAAGGAAGUGGCGCACCGUGCCACAGCGCAUGUGCGUAUCUUGGACGACUGGAGACGCGUUCUGCCUCCUACGUUGGCUUGGAACGACGAAGACCCACCGGCCACGGAUAUCAACGUCGCACGUUUGCGUGCCAAGUACUACGGGUCCAUCUACGUGAUUCUACGUCCGUACUUGCGCAUCGCAAAUCACUUCAUCGACUUCCCUCCCACGGGAGCAAGUACAGCGCGGGCCUCUCAUCACAACUCUCCUGCGCCCACCUCUGGCUCAUCUUCCAACAGGAACGUUCACCUACUGGUGGAUCUAUCAGACGACCAGCGGAGCAUCAUCGGUGUCGCCGUCAAGUGCAUCAAUGCGGCCAUCCAGAGCACGAUCGCUUUCGACCGUGUCGGUGCCGCUCCUGGUAGCAAGUACGUAAAGUUCGAUGCCAACGCCCGCACUCGUCGACUGGUAGUGACCAACAUCUUUGGUACCAUGCAUGCCCAAUUUGGAAACAUGCUUGUCCUCGCAGCCGUCUUCAAGUCUCAUCUCUGCAGGUACCUACCCAAGGACACACAGCUUACGAAGCAGAACCUCACCCUGCUCAUGGACCGGACGUGCAAAGUUCUCGGCGAGAUUGCGCCAAACUCGCCCAUUCUGGAGAUGGACCUUAGGAUCCUGCGCAACGUUCGAAAGCAACUGGACCUCUACCCGUGA